GAGUCUCAUACUGACUGUCUGCAGACUUCACACAACAGAUGUUGGAUGUGUUGAUAGUUGGAGCAGGUCCUCACGCUCUCAUUCUGGCUACCCUGCUCUUGAACCCCCAGCAGCAUGUCAACUCCUCCAAUGCGGAAAUCCUCCAGGGGGUACAGCUCAGCAAAACAAAUUCCAAGACUGGACGGACCAAGAGCAAGAAGAGAUCUGUUGAUACACUGUCAGAACUACACAAAGACCCACAAUGUCCAAAAUGUCCUCCUUUGAACUUCAAGGUAGUGGAUUCUUAUGGAGAAUGGACUUCGCUGUGGGAGAGCCAGUUCACUGCCCUCAAUAUCCCUCACCUUCGCUCACACAUGCUGGUGCACACUAACCCUCUCAAUAAGAAAGCCUUGCAAGAGUUUGUGCUAGCGGAGGAUCGUGUAGCUGAGCUUCACUCUCUCCCUGAGAGGGUCUACAUUCAGGAUAAGAAUGCCUUCUUUAAUGACGGACGCCUUGGCAAGCAAAACAGGAAGCUUCUCAGUGCUGCUCGAGGCCUGCAGAAAAACUUAUAUUUCAGCCUGCCAGGAACUCAGCUCAGUGUGGACUUCUUCAAGGAGCAGGUGCGCAGUUACAACCUGGACCAUGUCCUCAUCAAAGGCACUGUGGACAGAAUUACUCCAUUUCUCUCCGAAAAACAAAAGAAAGUUGAAUUCUUUCGAGUGAUUCUAGACACAGGGGACACUCUUGAGGCCAAAAGGGUGGUGCUAGCCACAGGACCCACCAGAGAACAGAUGGCAAAUAUCCCUCCAUGGGUGAGAGCAAUCACAGAGAUUUACCCCGAAGAGAGGUUGCAGCACACGGUGGAACUGAUGCACCUCCUCUCUCAACAUAAAGCUAAAGGCAAUCACUUCACAGGCCCACCUCCUGUAUGCCAUGGGAACCAGAGAGUAAUGGUGAUUGGUGGAGGCCUGACCAGCGCCCACAUCAUCUCCAUGGCUCUCCAACAAGGUGCAAGUCAAGUGACCUGGGUCUUGCGCAAACACGUACAGCUCAAACAGUUUGAUGUUGGGGAUGUGGAGAGUCUGAUCGGCCGCUACUCGCACAUUGAGCACGGCAUCAAGCUGGAUGGUCUGGCCUACCUGCGGCAGUUCUAUGGAGAGAGGAGUCUACACAGGAGGCUAGCCAUGAUCAAACAGGCGCGUAAAGGAGGAGCCGUGACUCCAGAGGCUUAUGCACAGCUGCAGCCUUUCAUUCAAUCAGGGCAGCUCCUUGUCAAGGCAUACUGCCAGGUGACUGAGGCAGUGUGGUGCUAUGAAACUCAGAGGUGGAAGGUCUCCCUAUGUGAUGGUGAAAAAUGGACUGGUGACAGGAUCUGGCUUGCAACUGGCUGCAAGCUGGAUGUUAAUCAAGACCCCUUACUCUCAGACAUCAAGAAGCAAUUCCCAAUUCAGGUGCUUGAAGGAUGGCCGUGUAUAUCAGAGACACUCCAGUGGGCUCCUGGAUGUCCUGUUUACCUGAUGGGACAGUAUGCAGCACUUCAGGUUGGUCCCCAUGCUGUGAACCUUGCAGGAGGCCAGGCAGCAGCUUUACGCAUUGCCAGGGAUAUCAUAGAUGAACACGGCAGUGAAGAACAGAACACAGAUACCAACAAAGUGGAAAAGGCACGAACUGAGGAGUACAUUUCCCAUAUGCAUGGCCUCAUGUGGCUAUGACGCUAAUAGAGACACGCUUCUAUCACUUUACCCUAGAAAACAUGCUGACAUUUCACUUUGGGAGGGGAAGCACUGCAAGUGAUUGUAAUGGCCAGAAUGACGCUAUCAUGACCACUGUGAAAUGUGGACGUUUCUAUGCAUGUGACACAGGUGCCAAGUCCUUUUCUGAUAGUGGCAUCCUGCCUUGACUUGCCUUCUAGACAGGUGUAGUGUACUAGUUUAACUAGUAUUGAGCUUAACUUUUAAGAAUAGAAAAGCUGGUAUGCAAUUAGACUAUCAGCCAAUCAGAUGGCAGCAGCACUGUGCAGAAAAUCAUGCAGACACAGGUCAAGAGCUUUAUGUAGCAAUGGCAAAAUGAAGCUUUCCUCCUAAAUGUAUCAAAAAAAAAAAGAAGUUCAUUACUCAAAGCCUUUUAACACUGUGCAUUAGUGGCAUCUGGUUGUCAAAACGAUGAAGUGCAGCUCCUAGUGGAUGCUGCAGUGGGGUUUUGGGUUCCAGCUAACAAGUCCAAGAGCAUUGAAUGCAUUGUAACAUUAAGUAAUGCUGUGUAUUACUUAAUAAAGAAAUCAUACAUAUCCAUAUAGAUUUGUUUUAUGGUAUAGGCAAAUCUAAGCUCUUUCACAUUAUUAAUACAAAUUUCUUAUACACAGACAACCUUAUUUGUUGAUAUGCGUUUUCCCAGUUUCAGAACUCUAUGUUUUAUUGUUGGUUCCAUAACUACAGAGUAUCACUAACUAACUCAAACCACUCUUUCCUUGAAAAUGUUUCAAAAGCACAUGUCAGGGUUUGAGCUUCUUUUGACUCAAAUUCCAAAGCAGUUGCAUGGUUGUGUGCCCAAAUGAAGCUUUGUGCAGAAAUGAAUCAAGCACUGAUACAGUGUUUCAAAGCAUUUUUAUGCACACCUCUGAGCUUCAGGAUCAAGGGUGAAAUCACUAGCUUUAGGUCAAUGUUCACAUCAAACAUCACAAUGAGGGAAAAUGAUCUCAGUGACUUUGUAGCAUGGUUAUUUGAGCCAGAUGAGCUGGUUCGAGAAUUUCAGAAACUACUGAUCUCUUGGGAUUUUCACACACAACAGUCUCUAUAGUUUAUACAUACAUACUGGUGCGAAAAGUGAAAAACAAACAAACAAACAAACCCAUCCAGUGAGCAACAGUUCUGUGGGCCACCUUUCCAUAUCUUCCGUAACUUCCAGUACCAUACAUUUCCCCAGAUGUUCAAAUGGUUAAUGCACAUGUUGCACAACAUGUAAGUCACUAUGUGUUAAAGAUAUGAGGUUUUAUUAUAUUUACUUAAUUCUUAAUUAUUAUUUUGAAUAACUCAAAAUAAUGCAAACAUGCUUUGAAUACUGCAAAA